AUGAGCGCGCUCACCGGUCCUGUCAUCAUCGGCACGCACGAUAGAGGCCCAUGCAAGACAUUGCAGUCCAGGCAGAUCGCUCCCGAUGAGGGCCUGGACGAAGGCUACAUGCAAUGCGCCCAACAUUCCGGAUUCCACACACCGCAGACACAGACACGGAUACUCUCGUUGGUACUGAAGCAACUGCGAGAAGAAGAGUGA